GCCAUCCCCAACGAGAAGCAGCGUUUCUACACCCACCAGCUCCUGGACGUGCUGGACCGCGGGCUCAUCCUGGAGCUGCAGGGCCAGGACAUCUACGCCAUCCGCCUCUGCCAGUGCAAGGUCUUCUGGACGGGGCCCUGCGCCGCCCACCACGCCGGCCCCAACCCUAUCGAGAGGGAGAAGAAGACCAAGCUCUUCAGCCUCGAGGGGUUUCUCAACGGUGAGAAGAGGAUGGGCUGGUUGUCCCCUGUGCCCCUUGGGGACACCGGCACCCCCCCGCCCUUCGAGAUCUUCUUCUGCUUCGGCGAGGAGUGGCCGGACCAGAAGCCCAAGGAGAAAAAGCUCAUCACGGUGCAGGUGGUGCCGGUGGCGGCGCGGCUGCUGCUGGAGAUGUUCUCGGGCGAGCUGUCCUGGUCGGCCGACAGCAUCCCCCUGCAG